AUGGAUACAACAGUCUCAGAAGAAGUGAGAGACCAGAAAAUGGAGUAUUAUCAUAGCAUUUUUAAAAUUUCACAUCGACGAGCAAGCAGCAAUUCUGGACAAAACAACACAUACCAAUUUAAGGAGUUACAAGAGAUGAGCGAGAAUUUGGUAAGCGAAGUAGACGACAUAUUUAUAGAUUCGGCCUUGAGCAAGCAUUAUAUCAAGAGCCAAGUGGUCAGACUGACUCCAGAAGAAGAUGGUGUGAAAGCAGAUAUUGUUAUGGUGUUCCAGUUCCCCUCUACUGAACAAAGAGCAGUAAGAGAGAAGAAAAUCCAUAGCAUCUUAAAACAGAAUAUAAGAAACACAAGAGCUCUACCAAUAAAUAUCUCGUCAGUUCAGUUUAAUGCAAUGAGAUCAUCAACAGGGAAGUUAACUGUCCAAGCAUGUUGUGGAAAACGAGCUGUUCCAUUAAUUGUCAACAGAAUAAUGUCUGGUGACACUGCAGCCAAGUCUGCCUGGCCUUGGCAAGCUUCGCUUCAGCGUAACAACGUACAUCAGUGUGGAGCCAGCUUGAUUAGUAAUACAUGGCUCGUUACUGCAGCACACUGCUUUAAGAAUAAUGCAAAUCCACAUCAAUGGACUGUUAGCUUUGGAACAACAAUCAACCCUCCCUUAAUGAAAAGAAAUGUCAAAAGAAUCAUUGCCCAUGAGAGAUAUCACUCCCCAGCAAGAGAAUACGACAUUGCCGUUGUACAGUUCUCACCCAGAAUCACCUUUACUGAUGACGUACGCCGAAUUUGUUUGCCAGAAGCCUCUGCAUCCUUUCGACCGAAUUCAACUGUCUACAUCACAGGAUUUGGAGCACUUUUCUAUGGUGGGGAAUCCCAAAAUGAUCUUCAAGAAGCCAGAUUGAAAAUAAUAAGUGAUGCUGUGUGCAAGCAACCACAUGUGUAUGGCAGUGAUAUAAAAUUUGGAAUGUUUUGUGCUGGAUAUUUGGAAGGAACUUAUGAUGCCUGCAGGGGUGAUUCUGGAGGACCUUUAGUUGCAAAGGAUCUUAAAGAUACCUGGUAUCUCCUUGGAAUUGUGAGCUGGGGCGAUAACUGUGGACAAAAGAACAAACCUGGAGUCUACACAAAAGUGACUUAUUACCGAAAGUGGCUUGCUUCAAAAACAGGUCUCUAAUUCACUAUACAAGUUAAACAAAGAGAGCUGUAUGCAGGUCAUACAUAUAUAAGAAUUCAAGUAUUUGGUGGAUGUAAUACAAUAAAGUGUACUACAAAAAGAGUAAAUGAAUGGGCCCAGCAACACUUGACACAUGACAUGAUUUAUUUUAAAAGCACUUUAAUCAACCAAUAACUCACAGUCAAUGUGUAACGGUGCACUGGUGGUGCAGUGCUUAAGAACUCGGCUG